AUGUUUGCCUUUGUUAAAUAUGAACAAAUGGAAAGUGCAAUUGAAGCAAUUAAUAAAGAAAAUGGAAAAGAGUGGUGUGGUAAUUUAAUUGUAGUUGAAUUCUCUGAAACUAUCGAAUCAAAAAGAAAUAGAAGACAGAAAGCUACGUUAAAGAAACAUUGUCAAAGCUCUACUCUUCUUCCUCAUACAUCUCAGAACCAGUCAUACCUUCAAAUUACAUCUCCAAAACAAAAACACAUCCCCUCAGAACCAGUUCAUCGUACAUCAAAGUCCUACACAAACUCUCUUUCUUCUCAACAACUUGAUUUUUUAUUUCCUGCUCCUACAUCUGCACGUCAUAUCUCACAGUCAUCGUCUCCAACAACUGAGAUGUUUGUUUCUCACCACUACAAUUUGUCUCAUCAACUCAAUCACGUUUCUCCAUUUGAUGCACUCACUCCAGACAAUGAUAAAGAAACAAGUGAUUUGCCUAUAUUCAGAGAGUUAGUAUCACCAGCCUCUGAAAAAAAGAAAUAG